AUGGCCAGCCUCACAACAGACCAUCUCGUGCUUUUACCAGAACCCCGCCUCAGGCAGCUUUUUAGGCUCUUGGAUCCAAUAAUGACAUACACCCAAUGGCAACUCCUCGCCGAUGCCAUUUACAUCAACACCUCACGGACAAACACCCCACACGGUGUUAAGCCUUUCUGCUGGGAAGAUGACGUCGAGCCGGACGAGUUACCCAGACGCAUCCAAACCAUGCAGCCGCACCCGGGCAACGUUCACUUCCUCACCAUUCUUAAAAUUAAGGAUACCGAGAGAUUCAACACCCGCGACCUCCUCCUCCUCGCCGAAUUGCGCAGCCUGGUCAUCCUGCACAUGGAAGACCGCGGCAUCAAAACAGCCGCUCACUCGGGAUUCUCGUGCAACAAACCGAGCUUGAAUCUAAACAACCACCUCAUCCGAGGUUGGAGCGAGAAAAAAGAACCCUUCCCUUCCCUCCGCAGUCUCAUUCUCUUUGCCAUGCCAGGUUCGCUCAGUAUACACAUGCUGCACUAUGUAACUAAGUUCCCCAAGAUCAAGGCAGUGUACGUCAACUCGCCAAUCACAAACCCGCCGCCGGUCAUCGGCCAGCCGCUGAAGGACGCGCCUGCCUGGGCGCCGGUGGAGUGUUACCGGUACGUGUACUGGGACAUGGACAUGGCUUUGCAGUAUGAGGAGCUGGGACUGGAUAAUCCGUAUGCUACCAUCACUUUGGUGACGCCGCCGGAGCCGGGACAGGUGAACACCAAUAAGGGUUUACUGAGCAAUUUGUGCAUAUGGGAGUUUUCCAGGGAUUGGAAUGUUGAGGUGCAGGCUGAGGAAGCGCCUACGGUAGUGGUAACGCAGCCUAAGAGGAAGGCUACUACUGAGAGCGCGGGGGUAAAGCCGAAGAAGAAGUCGCAGAAGAUUGGGGAUUUAUUGAGUAGUUUUGGAUGA